AUUGCAUCCAAAAAAAUGUCUGGACCUUUACCACAGGGAUGGGAACAACGGUUUGAUGUGAAACAAAAUCGGUAUUAUUAUGUUGAUCUAGUUAAUAAGAAAACAACUUGGUAUGAUCCACGUCAACAAUCGAAUGUUAUUCAACAACCACAAAUUGUUAAGGUUAUUUCUGCUGGAAAUGGUCAAUUUCAACAACCGCAACCACGCAUCAUUAAUGUGGUUUCUGCUGGUAGUCAAUUUCGACAAGUAAUUCAGCAUCAACAAAAUACCGUAAUUACUGCUGCUUCUAAACCUAAUUACAUAACAAAUCAACAACAAAUUUAUUCUAAUAAUGUUUAUAAUGGAAUUCCUACUCAAGUAGUGUCAAGUAAUGGUGGCCAAAUUUACGUUGCACCAACGACAGGAAAUAUCGUUGUGAAUCAACAGCCAGUACAUGUUGUGAAUCAACAGCCAGUACAUGUUGUGAAUCAACAGCCAGUACAAGUUGUGAAUCAACAGCCAGUACAAGUUGUGGUAAUGCCACAAAAUAGUCAUAUGGACCAACUUAAUACUACGGGACAAGUUAAUUAUACAACUAAUUCGUCAAAUAUUAGUAUGAAUAGUAGUGGGAAUUCUCAUCAAAAUCAUAAUGGAAUUUCUCAUCAAAGUUAUUGUGCAGCUUCUCACCAAAAUUAUGAUGUAACUUCUCAUCAAAGUCAUUGUGUAACUAGUCAAAGUUAUUGUAAAACUCCUCACCAAAGUCAUGGAACUUCUCACCAUCAUAAUCAGAACAAUUAUAAUACAAAUUCACAUGAUCUGAUGAGUACACAAAGUGAGAAUUACCAAGACAACCAAUACGGCGAUUAUCAGGAUAGAUAUAAUGUUGAUGAUUCAGGAGAUGUUUAUGAUAUGAGUUCUUUAAAUAACGCCUUAAAUAAU